CCGCCCCGGACCUUGGGGGAAGGGAGAGUCACGGAUGAUGCUGACUAUUGGCGGUUAAGGCUCCUUCCGAUCCAGCCUCCGCCCGCAGGAGGAGGAGGUGCUUUGUCAAUCGAGGCCGCUUGUUAGGCCUCGGAGGCCCAACGAGAACCUCUGGCGGGGACCUCGCGUCCGCCUGACCGCGCUGAGGGAAGAUUUCGGUGAGGGGGAGAAAAAGGACGAGUGUUCGGGUGCUCUCGGUUAUCGCAGGAUUAGUCUGUUCUGUUCUGUUCCGGUCCAGUCCGUGUGUACACGAGGACAGGUCUUCGCUUAAAAGGAAAACUAGAAAUAUGGCAACGAACGGAUCGGCAAACUGCCUGGGCACUUCACAAGAUGAUCAAGAUCAGGACUGUCAAGUGAAACCCAAGCCACUCUUACUUAAGUUGCUGCACUUUGCUGGAGCACGAAGUGAAACCUUCACAAUAAAGGAGGUAAUGCACUACUUGGGACAGUACAUAAUGGCUAAGCAGUUGUAUGAUGAAAGACAGCAACAUAUAGUACAUUGUUCUGAUGAUCUGUUGAGUCACUUGUUUGGAGUGCAGAGCUUUUCAAUUAAAGAACCACGAACAUUAUAUGCCAUGCUCUCAAAAAAUUUGAUAUCCGUGGGCCAUGAAGAUUCUAUAAAUGAUCUCAAUCUUGGAGAGAUUACCAACCAGCUUGGGGGUGAAGAUUGUCUCAUGACAGUCAUUCCAAAUGAUGGGAAUGCUUGCACAUCAUGCAACGUUUCCUGUUCUCCUGCAACAGGCAGAAGAUCUAAUUGCAGUGACUCUGAUAACGAUGCCUCACCUGAUGAGCAGUUUCAUACUAGACGGCGAAAGCGGCAUCGAUCUGAUAGCAUUUCUCUCCAUUGGGAUGAUCUGUCUUUGUGUCUGAUAAGCAAAUUGCGUCGAGAACAUGGAAACAGUGAAUCAUCAGAUUCUCCCAGUCAUCUGGAUAUUCAUAUUGGUACAGAAGGUGAAGACUCCAGUGAUAAGUUUAGUGUUGAGUUUGAAGUUGAAUCAGUUCACUCUGAAGAUUAUAGCGAUUUCAGUGAGGAUUCACAAGACCAAAGUGACAAAGAGAUUUAUGAAGUUGCCAUUUUUGAAGCUGCUGACAGUGAUGAAAGCACCUUUGUUGAAGAAAUUGAUCCAGAAAUAUCUGAAGCCGAUUAUUGGAAAUGUUCCAAAUGUGAAGAGCUGAAUCCUCCAUUGCCACGACAUUGUCAUCGAUGCUGGUCUGUCUGUCAAGAUUGGCUUCCUGAUAAACCUAAACUUCAGUUUGACAAGAUGCAGGAUGAAGGUAUUGACGUUCCUGAUUGCAAGAAGCCACCACUUGAGUCAAAGAAAUCAAACUGUUCGGAUUUAAUCAGUGAGGCAUCUCAAUGCUCAGAGUCACAAGAAACUGAGUGCUCGGAACCUUCUACUUCUGGUAGCUUCAACUGCUGCAGCCAGGAAUUUGAAAAAGAAAGUACAGGCAAGGGAGAGAAAGGCGAGUUGAGCACUUUGGGACCUUUGGAAGCUUGUGUUAUAUGUCAGGCACGACCAAAGAAUGGUUGUAUUGUUCAUGGUAGGACAGGCCAUCUUCUCGCUUGUUACACUUGUGCAAAGAAACUGAAAAAGAGAAACAAACCAUGUCCUUUGUGCAGAGAGCCAAUCCAACUGGUUGUAUUGACCUACUUUAGUUAAAUGUAAUUAUUUAUUACUGUUUGAAAAUGGACUAUAUUUCCAAAAAAAAAAGCAAAUUUUUGAUUGCUACUAACUAUACAUUGGCCUAGAUUUUAUGGUAACAUAUUUUGCCAGGAAAUCGAUCCAUUAUAUUUAAUUAAAAUACUCCCUCUUAAUGUUAAUAUUGUUUCAAAAUGAACUUCUGCAAGUGUUUGACUACCUCUUCACUCCCCCAUCCUAAUAUUGGCAGAUCCUUGUGAGGUAAUAAGAACUUCAUAAAGAAUAUGACUUGCUAUUUAAUAGGAUUACAAGUAUUACCAUGUUCCCAUUUUAAUUCUGUAAAUUCCUAUUUAACUGAUUUGAUUUGAUUUGUUAUGAUGAAUGGUUCUUUAUACAAAAAUAUCUAUUAUUGUUUGCACAAUUUGAUAAGGAAUAAUUUAUACAGUACAAUCCCCAUAUCCCUUGCUGGAUCUCCAGGUUAGCUUGUACAGAUGCACAGAUUUGUAUAAUUUGUUGUAUGCACCAGGGCAAUUCACAGCAAAAAGAGGUAUAUUUGAAGUUUAGUUUUCUGUUAUAUAUGAAACUAAUUUAUUUGUUGAUGUCUAAUUUCUUUAAUCAAAGUUUAGGUUAGAUUUAAAACUUUAAUUAAAAUUACAAAGCCUCAAAUCUUGAUAAGAUGGGAAGAUCCAUAUCUGACACUUCUAAUGCUUCACUGCACUACACUACAAUUUAACCACGAGUGAUGUUCAUAUCCAUUGUACUGCAUAAAAUAAGAUAUUAGGAAAAUCAAAGAAUGUUAACUUCUAAGAGCUGAUGCUCUGUGUGCUUUGAAGUUUUAUCUUGGACCACUUGGGACAUUUGCAAGGUGUUUCUUACUAUGAAUGACUCAGGCAAAUUUACCUUGAUGGAAAUUACAUGAACAUGCAAACAGCUGGAAAAAAAAAUUGGAGUCUUUUAACCAAAACUAAAUGCACAGAAAAUUUCAUGCAUUUAUUGUCUGCGGUCCAAGUUGUGAUCCCCCAAAAAAAUUUCUGCCUUUUCAAAUAAUUUUGUAAUUCUUAUGAUUUUGGAAAUGCAGGUGUUGGACUGUUGGACAAAGUUUAAAAAACACACAACACUAGGUUAUAGUCCAACAUGCUUAUUUGGGAACACUAGCUUUCGGUGUGCUGCUCCUUCAGGUGGUUAUGAAGUUUAAGAUCAUAAGACACAGAAUUUAUAGCAAAAGUAUACAGUGUGAUGUAACUGAAAUUAUAUAAUGAAAAAGACUGGAUUGUUUGUUGUCCCAUCUUUUAGAACGAGCAUGUUGGUUUCAGUUCUUUCAUAUGUAAAUCGCAGACCAAUUAAAAGUUACAUUCUCAAGUGAACUUU